AACGCACUACUGGAUUACCCUUUUUUGGUGUGCCUUAGGUGGUUUGAUUUUGGGUGGAAUUGUUGUCAUUUCAUAUUGGAUAAGACGAUGCAGGACACUUGCAGCGAGGUCAACGAGCCGGCAUCGCCGCAUCCGGAGCCGGAGCUCAUCAUCAGCUGCCACCGGAAUCAGCGGGAUCAGCGCGAUCGGAAUAAUCUCGCGAGGGAAAGCAAAGUCAUCACCCGAUCACAAUCACAGGCGUCGACCGCGCCGCAUGCUCCAGUGCAUCAACUGAAGCCUCAGCAAUCUCUGCCCACGCCCCUAACGCAGCAACCCGGCCACAAUCCCCACGCCCCCAAAUCCGUCUCGAUCCUGGUCUACAAGACCCUGAACACGGUCUUCAAGAGCAGCCGCAAGAUCAUCGUUCGCGUGUGUGAGGUGGCCAGUGCCAAAAAGUCCUUCACCAUGUUCAAGUUCAACAAGGCUGCCCAGCAGCAGCGGAUCGAUAGCCGGAACAGUGCCGUCACAGGUCACGAUCCCUUCGUCCGACCACCAGUGCCCGAAAAGAAAGUGAGGAACAUUAUGAAGAAGCUGCACAAGGCGAACGGCCUGAAACGCUCUAACUCGGCGAUCGAGUUCGAUGUCUCGGCCCUGACAGCUGCCAAUCGCCGCCAGAUCUAUAGUAGCAAUCGGUCGGCGAGCUCGGAGCAAGAUAACUCAGAUCUAUCCGAGCACUCGGAGAAAUCGCCGCUGGUUAGCGCGAGGUUAGACAAUCUAGCUAGGCUCUUCUUUAGCAAGUCGAUGCCAGCGGAAACCGGAAGUAGAGAUACCAUAGAUUCAGUACUGACAACAAGGCCCAAUAUCAAGUAUCAGUACUCCGCCUUGGACAGUGGCAAUGGGAUCGUUGAGCGAAGUCCCAGGGAGCGGGCCCAGAGGGAAAAGGCCCUGAAUGCCACUCAGGAAUGGAUUCAGAGUGCCAAUGGGCGCUACGAAGUAAUCGCCCACCUGGAUGAGAUCGGUUCGAGGCAUGGCAAGAACUGGUUUCUGGUCACAGAUGCUUCGGUCCGCACCGAUCGUCUGAUGACUUUGCUACCUCUGCCUCCCGAUUGCGUGGCCUUCGAGGAUCUCCCGCCCAACGAAAGUGCCAGGGAAAUACUCAUGGAGCUCCUGGGCUCGCUGCAUCAUCCGUACAUAUAUCCCGUUCUGGAUCUGGGAUUCUUGCAAAGCAGUUCGUAUAACUACGCCUGUCUGGUGACGCCCUUUAACUCGCGGGGCAGUCUCAAAGAUCUCAUAUAUAAGGCACAGUGGAACGAGCCGUGGGCCAGGAAGUACACGCGUAAGCCAAAUGGAUUGCCGGUCAGCCAGGUGCAGCGCCUGGGGCGACAGAUCCUGGAGGCACUGCUCUUCCUGAAGGAGCGCGGCUUUCCGCUUCACGGUCACCUGCACAGCGGCAAUGUCAUCCUGCAGAAUGGAGCCGCCAGGUUAUCGGGCCUGGAGAACGGCCUUUUGGGCCUCAGUUCGCGCAUUAAUGCCGUCAUGUGGUCCCGCUCGGUCACCGAGAUCGAGAACGUGGACAUCGUCUGCUUCGGUCACCUGCUGUACGAGAUGUGCACGGGUCAGGAGCUGACCACCCCCAAGCCGUCCAUUCGGGUGCUCGAGAUGGAGCUGCAGCACUACCCACAAAUUGGCCAGACAAGAAAAAAAAUUCUGGAAAUAUUGGGUCUAAUCUUUGAGCCGCCUAGCGGUGUCUGCCCCUCCGUUGAGGACCUAGUCCUUUGCGAUCUAUUUCGCAGCAUCGAUUUGCGCGAGCUGCGCGGUCCCUGUUUCAGUACAAUUAAGCCGAGCCUCAGCAGGUCCACCCUGAACCUACUGCAAGCGGUGAAGAAGCGCCAAUGCGCCUCCCUGGGUCAUUCCCUGAGUGAGGCCAACUCGCCCUGCACGCCCCCUUCGACGCCGCACGAUCGACGCACUGGUAUCAGCCGAACAAUGGACUCAUUUGACAUAUCAAGCGAUUCGGAGGAGGGUCUCCUCGAGGAGAUUGUCGUCGGUGGGAGCUGCCAUCGUCAGCACUUGCUCCGCCUGCAGCAAUGGCACUCCGCCCACUCGUAUGUCCACUCGUAUGCCUCGGAGUCGCCCAUCCACUACUGUGACCCUGCGGCCCUCUACUCCGACGAUAAUGGCCAGGAGUCGUCGGGGGGUCAGGAUCCCCAGCCGCCGACAAUUCGGUGUAGUACCAGUAGCCAGAGCAACCUGGAUGUCCUGCUGGCCGAGGGAGCCGGUGCCGAUGUCUAUGAGGGGCAGGAGGCGGAUGAGGAGCAGGAAUUCGAGCCCGAAGAGGAGGCCAGCGGCUCGUCGGGAGCGGCUCAAAGGCUGUAUGCUCCAGGCUGCAACUCAUCGGCUGCUGGGGCGUCCUUCAACCAUCAACUCACUGCCGAUAUGUGCAACUACAAGAACUCGAAGAGCAGGCGUCUGGAGUACUCCCUCAAGUGCCUCAAGUACGGCCGCAGCAAUCCCUCCCAGGACUCGGCCUUUGGAUCUCUGACCGACAACGACCUUUCCAUCGGUUCGUCCAGCAUUCGCUUGAGCAGCUUCCAGUCCAUUUCGUCGCCCAUCGACGAGGGCGUGGAGGACGUCAUUAUAGCCACCACCACGGGCGGCAAUGAAACCUGCCUGGAACUGGCCACCAUCCCCAGGAGCAUGGUCUCCCAGGACUCAGCUAUAUCCUCGCCCUGUCGCGAGAGCUCGCCCAAUAAUUUCCUGCACAUCGAUGAUGCCAUGUCGGGAACGGGUUCCACUUCCUCUGGCUCGAAUUGCGGAUCCUUCGGAAACAUACGUCCCCAGCAGUUUCCCGUUUCGCUCUCACCGAAGAUUUUGGUCACAGCCACCAGUAGUUCGAGCAGUUCUUCGCUGGCCUCCACCAGCAAUACGGGUCAAGGUCAGGCGCAGGGUCACGGGCAGGGACAGGGUCAGGGACAUCCCCAGCAGCAACAGUUCGAUCCGCCCAAGAUCCUGGUCAACGAUCAGAACUCCAUCUACACCACAUCGCCCUCCAAGCGGUCGGGGAUGAUAGAGGUGUUCUCACAAAAGUACAGGUUUCCCUUCCAGGUGAGCUCCUUCGAGGACAUGUCCCCAAAGAGGACCUCCGAUAAGCAGCACCUGAAGCACGUGAAUCGGCUGGCCUUUCGCUCCUUGGAGGAGGAGCGUCGGAUCGAUAAUGCCUUUCUGCCGAUGGCAGAUCGCACCCACUCGGACAAUCGCGUCAAUAUGCAGAGCGAGAAGUACAAGAAGCUUACGCACGCCUCCUUUCGCAUUAGCAAAGGCCAAGGUCAGGACUCGCCCACGGCCACGCCCACCAGCCAAACGCCCCCCAGUCAGCCGGGGGGUAAUUGCAUUGAGAUGCAGCGAACCGGAAGGCAGACCCUCUGGCGGGACAGCAAGUUCUAUCGCAAGAACAGAAUCGCCAAGAGCAACGACUCCCUGAUGGAGAAUAAUCCUUCGCCCAGGAUUUCGCCAUGCUCUUUAAGGGACCAUCAGUACGAGAGCAGGAGCAGUUCCCAGGCCAGCCGGAGAUCGCUCAGCGGAAGCCAGCAAAUGCUGAGUGUCACCACCAGUUUCUGCGGCAAUGGCAGUGGCUCGCGAAACUCAGCCAGAUACUGCAGCUCGAAGAGCGAGGACUUGGGCGAGUCCUCCGAUUAUCUGAGAGUUAUGGACGCUCGGAAAUCGUACUCGGAGCGACAUUUGGUGCGACUCAAGCAGACGGCCAUUAAUAACACGCACAGCGAGGACGAGAUGAGCUUCAACGAUGACAAUAAUCCAACGGUAUCAUCGCAGGGUAACGCAGGGUUACGGCAUUACAAUCAGAAGGAGCACCAGCUUCAGCAACAGCAACAGCACCAGCACCAGCACCACCAGAAGCACUAUCAGGCCGGUGGCAGGUGGAGCAGCAGCUGCUCCAUUGGCGGCCACCUGAAGACGACCAAUAUUAAGACCACCUCGCUGUCCGCUCAGUCCAGCCAAUCGAAUUUAGUGGCCACCACCAACUCAGCAACUGCCAGCUAUCGCACGCCCUCCAAGUCCCUCGACCAGAGCAUCGCCAUCCCGAGCACCACUAUUGGCAGUAGCCCAAUAGUCACCCAAAAGAGCACCACCAGCAGUGGAAGCAACAGCAACAGCAGCAGUGCCACCAGUUCAAUGGACGAGUCCCCCUCGAGAUUGACCCUAAGUGGGGCCGAUCUCUCGAGGAUUUUCGUCAUGGACAUGGACGAUGCCCCGGGCAGCACUUGCAGCGAGGAGAAGACACCACUGUUGGACAGUGUGGAAAUGUCCCCGAUCAGUCCAACCGAUCCGGAGCAACCCGACCUCGGCAAGCUCUAAGGCGGACUCUGAUCCUGAUCCUGAUCACACUAAAUAUACUAUAUACACGCACAGACACGUUUUGAGCAGCCGAAAUGCAAAGCAUGUGAUAAAGAAACCAAAUAGAACAGAAAUCGAACGGGGAACCAUAGAGUUAUAGAACUACUAGGCUAGGUAUGAGAUGGUUAAGUGGGGAAGGUGUAACAAAAGAGUUUUUUUCAAGGGAAGUGAUUCAAAUGCUUAAUGCCCAAAAUUAGGGAAAUGCCUGUAGUCAUUAAUGUUUGUUAAAAAUAACAACAACAAAAUAAACGAAUUGAUUCUAAAGUUUUCGUAAUGACUUACCGAAUUAUGCUUUUUAAGGAUAGGUAACUUUUAACUAUUCAAAAUAAAAGUAGUUUCAGUUUUUCAAUAGAUACAAAUCAAUAAGUGCUACAACACAUACAAUCAAAUUAAACGUAUAAAAUUCUGGAUUCCGUUUUGGACUUCUCAAUUUAUGCUUUCUAAGUUAAACAACAGAAUCUCACUAAAAUACUCUUUUGGACCCUUUCCCCACUGCAAGUGUUGGUUAAGGUAAGGCAAUUAUAACCUUGGUUCGACACAAACACAUACACCCACUCACUGAGAAACAUUUAAUUGGGCUGCUCCCGCCUUUGCUAAAUCCACACUCAAAGCUUUCUUCUGGUAACAAUAAUAUUUUUCUCUUUAUAUUGAACUUUAGCCGGUUGCUUUUACAGCAAUUCGAAAUUAACUAGAAUAUUCUUCACUGAAGCUAAUCUCUAGACUACUAAGCCACAAAACAACACAAAAAAAAAAACCAUCCUGCUGAUUAGUUGGUUUUUUUUUAACAAAAUAAAAGGGAAACCGUUUUCAAAUUAUACGGAAAUAUACACUUUACUGGUAGUUUACUGAAUAGUUAAGACUUAAAAGCUUCGCAGCUUGGCGCAUUGAAAAUGUUUUACUGUAGCCUAAAAUCGUUUUAAGCUCCCAAUGUGGGGCGUGUUUUAAAUAUGAAUUAUAAAAAAUAUAUUUUAGGGAAACAAAACCAACAAAUAUAAUAAAGGAGCAAACAAAGCCAAAGACAGUUUACCCAUUGAAUGAAAUUUAAUGGAGAAUCCAAGGCAUAGUUGGAAGUAUACAAGAUAUAACGAACGAGUUACGAAUUGUUUAUUCUGUUUCCUUUGUUCAGAAAUACCACAUUAGCCAGCACUUCAAUAUCGCAACGGAAACAUAAAUUUUACCCCAUAAGAGUUAAACAUUGUCGUAUGAAACCGUAAACGAUAAAACAAUACAGAAAUGCAAUCAAAUUAACUAAGAUAUCGCAAACGAAAAUAUCACAAAAGCCACACACAAUCGAACACGAAAUAAAUAUACUCACUAAAGAUCAUAUAUAUAGAAGGUAAUAUUAGACGCACGCACUUAACUAAGACGAUCCAUAUUCGAAUCCCGAUCCAGAACCCAACCCCACCCAAUCUAUUCGAACAACUCAGAUGAUCUGCCACAGAUUCGACCUUAGUUUCAUUAUUCGUAGUUGAUGAACACGUAGAACAUUGUUUACGGGACCCUCUAGAAUGUAUAUUGUGUAAGUUCGUUUUGCUUGGAAUUGUUUGUGUAUACACGUAUGUACUCCCCAAGUAUCCCCAGAAAUGGAGAAGCCCUUGAGAACUAACAAAUAAACGAGAAAACAAUGUA